AUGGUACAAAGAGUCAGCCCCCAUAAGAACCAAGUCAUUGAUGUGAAGUUCUUUUUUUCCCUCGACAUUCUAGCAGCUGUCAUUACAUUUGCUGGGGAAUUCUCAACGAGAUUUUACUUGUCCUCCCAUGCUGUUCUUUCUGUGGUUUCCUUGUUUCUUUUUGCGAUCCGGUUCCAGAUGGCUCAACAGUGCUUCCAAAAUGAAUAUUUUGACAGAUUGCUGAAUGCUUGCAAACCGUGUCACCUUCGAUGCCCUAAUACCCCUCCUCUAAUAUGUCAGCGUUAUUGUAAUACAAUGAAAGGAACAAAUGCAAUUCUCUGGACCUGUUUGGGCCUCAGCUUGAUAGUUUCUUUGACAGUUUUCCUGUUGAUGUUCUUGCUCAGGAAGAUGAGCUCCCAGCCAUUAAAGGACGAAUUUAAAAACACAGGACCGGCUCUCCAGAAGGAUGCGAAUGCAGACCUGUAUGAGAGCGACGAUGGCGGGACUGGUGCGGAAACUCUUCUUUCGAGAGGCCUCGGGUACACAGUGGAAGAAUGUACGUGUGAAGACUGUGUCAGGAGCAAACCAAAGGUCGAUUCUGACCAUUUCUUUCCACUCCCAGCCAUGGAGGAAGGUGCAACCAUUCUUGUCACCACGAAAACAAACGACUACUGCAGCAGCCUGCUAGCUGCCUCGAGUGUCACGGGGAUGGAGAAAUCAAUUUUCCCAGCUAAUUAA